UGAAACAGGGCCUGGGGCAUGCUCUUGCCUGCUGGAAGCCUUGCGGUGGCCCUGGAACCCUUCCUUGGGCUCUGAGUGAACCUGGUCAUGCACAGCUGGCAGCUACUGUCUCCAGCUCAUGGUCCCUCCAGACUGAUGGCCACCAUCUCUGAGUGGGCUCCUGUUCUCUCUAUCCCUUCUCUCUCACUGGGACUGAUGGCAGCUCCUCAUUGGGGCUGGGCCCCUUGCAGUGUAGGUAUUGAUGUCCUGACACUGAGAAGUAUGUCCACACAUGUCUGAGGGUCCCCUGCCUAGGGAAGGGUGGCCCAGCCCCAGGGUCUGAGGCUGCUUCUGGAUGGAGACGGCACAGGCUGUGUCCAAUAACCUAGGGAGCCCUUGGCAUGCACAGGGCAAGUGCCCCAUGCCCAGUGUGAGCCUCUUGACACGCUUCCUUCCUCACAGCACCCUGGGGACUAGACCAGAACUCACCAGAAAUCUGUGUCAGAGUUCCCUAGAGGGGCAGGACGUAUAGGAUAGACCUAUCUAGGGAGGGAGUUUAUUGGGAGAAUUGACUCACACAAUCACAAGGUGAAGUUCCACAAUGGCCAUCUGCAAGGUGAGGAGCAAGGAAGCUGGUCCAAGUCCCAAAACAAAAGUAGGGAAGCUGACAGUGCAGCCUUCAGUCUGUGGCCAAAGGCCCGAGAGCCUCUGGCAAACCACUGGUGUGAGUCCAAAAGUCCAAAAGCUGAACAACUUGGGGUUCGUGGUUCAAGAGCAGGAAGCACCCAGCAUGGAAGAGAAAUGGAGGCCAGAGGACUCAGCCAGUCCAGUCCUUCACGUUCCUCUGCUUGCUUGUAUCCUGGCCACACUGGCAGCUGAUAAGAUGGUGCCCACCUGGAUUGAGGGUGGGUCUGCUUCUCUCAGUCCACUGACUCAAAUGUGAAUCUCCUUUAGCGCCACCCUUACGGACACACCCAGGGACAGUACUUUGCCUCCUUCAGUCCUAUCAAGUUGACCCUCAGUAUUUGCCAUCACACCUGGGAAGCAUGGAACCCUGAAACACAGGUGUCAGGGCUGCAGUGCCAGUGCCUGUCCUGAGGACAUAUCUAAAAGAAGACGUGACCAGGACCUGGGGGGAGCAUGAAAUGGUGAGGGCACAGUGAGCUUGAAUGGCACCUGCCAGGAGAGUGUCCAGCAGUCCUGCCUGGUGCCCCGCAGAGCUUCUCCUGGCCGCUCUGCAAACUUCUACAUCUGGCCAGUGCUGGGCAGGCACCGAAGUCUGGAUCUGGGCAUGGGUGCCAAUACUGAGGAGUCAGGAUGCUGGCUGGGACCCCCACAGGGGCUGCAGUGACGCAGGUGAGAGGUCUGUGGCCCCAGAGCUUCCUGGAUGUUCUCUGGCUUGGGUUCCCCAGGCUUGGUGGGGGCAGGCCCCUGCCUGCCCUCCUUCCUGGAGUGCCCACUGUCUCCUGGGAGAUGGAGCCUCUCCUAGGGAAUGUGCUCUGCUUCCGUCCUUCCUGGCGCCUCCUCCUGAAUGACAGGAUAUGCAGGCUCAACUCAACCCGCUGUGGCCAACUGCCUGCCUCUUGGCUUCCCAGCCACCUGGAUUCCUCCAAUUCUGUGAUUCCUGGGCACAGCAGGGGCUUCUCCUGGGCCACCUCUGCUCCCUCUCCUGCAUUGCUCCGCCAUCUGCCUUCCCUAUGAAAGCUCAGGGCCCUUUUGGGGUACUGUCCGGUCGAGAGCAUCAGUCUGUGUGCCCUGCCAGACAGGCCCAGAAUUCUGGGGACCUCUGAAAACAUCCCCCAGGCCUCUCUGCUUCAUCCCUGGAGCAAUUCCCCUUCGCGCUCUGCCGUCAGCUCCAUUUCCUGCUUGACCGGACCUCCGUGUCUGCUGCGUGAAUGAAGAAGGUGCCAGGCACACCUAGGUGGAAGGAGCUUCCAGGCCACCGGCCCGCAGGGGCAGAGCUAGGCAGGGAGGGGCCUCCAAUCCUAGGCCAGGAAUCCUGGAGCUCCAGUGCCUCAUGUGGCUUUCCUGAGGUCAGUGCCUGGCCUUCUUGCCCUGCUCCCAGAGGACCCGGCCAGUAGUAGCCCUACUGGUGGAACCUCCCCCAUGGGCAUGAAAGAUAUGAGGGUCCCAGCAAGCCGCGCGGACUCUGAUGCCUUGGGCCAAACUCCGGCCAAGAAUCUCCCUUAGGGUGGGAGAACCCGCCCCCUGGGCACUGUGCGGUCCUCUCCAGCCUCAGGAAUACUGCGGACCUCCUGGGGAACGAUUCCUAGGGCUGGGCGCCCUUGGGCCUUCCCCUACUCCCAUUGAAGCCCACCCAGGCCGGGUCUGGAGGGCGCGAGCGGUGUGGGUGGGAAGCUUGAGGGGGCAUCGGGCUUCCACCAAGAGCCAGACCUCUGUGCCGUGCUCACUCGCGGUGCUGGUUCCUCUGGGAUGGAGAGGUGCGACCAGUCCUCCGCGCGCGGGCUCGCUGCACCCCCAGCCAGCCCGCCCACCGGGGCCUCGGCCCGCCCCCGCCCCCGCCCCCCCGCAGAUAUAAAGGCGGCCCAGGAGGUGGCUGCUCUGAGCCUCGACGCCGCUGCCUACCGGUCCGCAGCCCCAUGGCCCGGCCCGCGACACUGGCAGCUGCUGCUCUGGCGCUGUGCCUGCUGCUGGCGCCGCCCGGCCUCGCGUGGUACAAGUCAGCAACGGGGCGCAACUCCUACUCUGUGGGCCGCGCUGCGGGGCUGCUGUCUGGCUUCCGCAGGUCCCCGUACGCGCGGCGCUCCCAGCUCCACAGCGGGGCGCAACCCCCGGGCCCAGCCGGCGCCUCCCUCGAGCUGCACCCCAGGCUGCGGAGUCUCGCCUUGUGCGUCCAGGACGUUGCCCCGAACCUGCAGAGGUGCGAGCGGCUCCCCGACGGCCUCGGGACCUUCCAGUGCAAGGUGGACAUCUUCCUGUCCCUGCGCGCAGUCGACUGCCGCGCCCCUGAGCCCGGACCCCAGACCUGGACCUCGCCUGGCACCAAUGGGGACCCCGCCCCUACCGUCCCACUCCGGGAUUCCGGGCCCCGCCGGGUGCAGGAUGGCGCUCCAGCUCUCCCCUACUCCGCCCACCCUGCAGUUAAUGGUAAAUAAAUAAAUAAGGCUGCCUCGGAAUGAGGAGUGCUGAAUGAUAGGCAGUCGGACCACGAGGGGUACCGGGCCUGGAAGUCCCCAAACAUGGGUAGGAGAGGGCAUCGGGGUGUGUGGCAGCAGGGCAAAGUUGGCCUGGGCAGCCCAGAGGUUUUCAGAUCCCCCCGGGUGAAGCUGGCCAGGACCCAUGCCUGGAAGGACCCCAGCCCAAGGUGAAGGCGAACCUAGCGUUGUUGUUCCCUGGGGGCAAGUGCAGGGCCACUGCUGGCACUGUCCCCAGUGUCUUCACCCAUUCCUUUGCACCCACACUUGAGAGCCCAAUCUGUGAGGGCACGGGCUAGAGCCCCUGGCUGCCUUCCUCUUCCCCCAUCCCUUCUGGCCAGGCCAGGUCCAAGAGAGCAGGGGCAAGAAGAGUUGGGGGCCUGAGCCCUGGCUCCAGAGGCCUGGAACAUGCCUCUCAGAGCUGAGGGUGGGAGACGGGUGGGUUCUCCCU